AAAUGGCUGCACAAUUCCACCGUGUCACUGUGCUCCAGAUACAUUUCUGUGACUGGCAGUGGGCCUGGGAGUGGAGGCAAAGCCUGUCUGCCCACCAGGCCUUGGUGGAGAAGCUGGCCAAGAAGAUGGCUCUGCGGAGGGCCUUUGCACACUGGAAGCACUUCAUGCUGCUACAGGCAGAAGAGGCCGCCCAGCAUGCGGCAGCAGAAGAACAUCACCGGCACUACCUCCUGUAUUUUUGCUUGAGAGCCUUAAAAGACAAUGUGACCCAGGCCCAUCUCUGGCGAAUAAGAACGAACCUUGCUCACCAGCUGCGUGAUACCACGCUGCUCCGUAGGUUCUGGAACCUCUGGCAAUCUCGAAUUGAGCAGAGGGAGGAGAGAGUGCAGCUGCCCUCACUGGGUACAGCCUGGAGCCACUACAGGAUGACAGUCCUACGCAAGUGUGUCAGGGUAUGGUUACGAUUUGUGCACAAGAGAAGACACCAGCAGUUACUGCAGGCCAGAGCUGAUGGUCAUUUCCAGCAGAGAGCACUGCCUACUGCCUUCCAUAUGUGGUACAGACUCUGGCAAUGGCACCAGCAGAGUCGAGUCCUCCACACAAGAGCGGUGCGUUUUCACAGGGAGACAUUAGAGAGGCAAGUGUUUGCUAUCUGGCGGCAGAAGAUGUCUCAGCACCGAGAAAACCGCUUGGCUGAGAGAAUGGCUAUACUACAGGCAGAGCAGCAGCUUUUGCGGAGGUCCUGGUUCAUGUGGCACCAGCAGGCAGCAGCAUGUCAUCAAGAGCAGGAGCGGCAAGCCGUGGCCUGUGCCCACCACCACAACAGGCUGCUCGGGAAGGCUUUCUGUGUCUGGAAGGGAAGCGCCCAAGGAUUAAGGACAGAGAGGAUGGGCAGGGCACAGGCUGCACACUUCUACUCAGCACAGCUCCUGCGUUGGGCCUGGAGCAUGUGGAGCGAGCGCCUGGCCCUGAGGAUGGAAGAACAGCAAAAGCUGAGGCGUGCGGCUCUCCACAGUCAGCACACCCUGCUUUACAGGACUCUGCAGAAGUGGCUGACUUACCAGGACAGGGUGAGGAGUGUGCUACAGGAGGUGGCAGCCAGGGAGAGACAAUACAACAGGCAGCUGCUAAGGUGGGUGUUACGACGUUGGAGAGAAAACACUGUGGCCCGUUUGGAUAUGGCCAAGAAAACCUCCCAAGCAAGAGCCCAAUACAACAGGACUCUGUGCUCCAAGGUCCUGGUGCAGUGGCGGGAGGUUACAUCAAUGCAGAUAUAUUACCGAGAAAAGAAGGCGGUUGCCCUCAGGGAGGCCCGGAAAGCACUGGGCAGGGGUCGUCUCCGUAACUGGUUUCAGCGCUGGCAGUUCUACAGCCAGAGGGAGGCGCAGCAGAGAUCCCAGGUGGAACAGGCGGCUCAGCAUCACCGCCAGCAGCUGCUGAUGGAAGCAAUGGCUCGGUGGAAGGCAUACCACCUAGGGUGUGUCAGGAAAAAGUGUCUGCAGAAGCAAAGUGCCCAACUCCUGGCACAGAGACUUGGUCGUGCCUGCUUCUGCCAGUGGAGGAAGCAGUCUGUAGACCCUGAACAUACUGAAUAUCUCAAGCUGGCAGCCAGGAAACAAGAGCAGUGGAGUACAGCCCGAGCCCUGUGGUUCUGGGCCUUCUCACUACAGGCAAGGGUGUGGACUGCAUGGCUGGGCUUCAUAUUUGAGAGGAGGAGGAAGAAGGCACGGCUGGAGCAAGCCGUGCAAGACUACCAUCAGCAGCUCCUGCAGGAGGGCGUCACACGGCUUCUGCGCUUUGCAGCUGGUAUGAAGGCUUCCCGGCAGCAGCUGCAGACACAGCAGCAGGUCCAGGCAGCCCACAGCCUCCACUGUGCAGUCCGCCACUGUGCUGAGCUCUGGAAAAAGAAGGUACUUGGUCCAGGCAGGAUGUCUCAGCCACCAGCACCCAUCACAUUCAGCAGGAGAGUGACAUUUAAGGAUUCCAUUCUCUCUGGAGUUGCUGCUGAAGCUGGAGAUGCCACCCUGGAGACCAAGAAGUUUCGAGCUCCUCCCUCUCAGGGAAUCCUGGGUAGCUUGGCAGUAGCUGCUGGGGAGCCCUGCUGCCUAGAGCUCAAUGAUGCCCGCCUGUCACGAAAACAGCCACGACGUCCAUCCUUCCUGCUCGAGCGUUUGCAGAACCAGAAGUCCCCAGGCUGGUGCAUCCUCGGGGAGCAGGAGUUAGAGAAGCCUCCAGAAAAAGGUCAAAGCAUGGCUCUGCCAAGAGGCCUUUCUCUGACGAGGCCCUUCCUACCCAUGGUCCUGCAGAAUGCUCCUGGUUCAAGUGCAGGCCUGGAGCUAUUGCCUCCUUCUUCCUUCUUGCCCCAUGGGGUGGGAGACAGUGCCAGGGGGUCAGCAAAACACACCAUCCCUGGACCUCAGCCUCUGGCAUGCCCAUCCCUAACCAAGGGGCCUAAGCCCAGUCUCUUCCUCCCUGGGGAUUUCACAAGCACCAGGAUUGGGCCUGAUUAUGGCUACGAGGCUACAGUUGCUGCAGGCCACACAAAGCUUGAGGCUGAGCUGGAGGGGAUCCAGCAGCAGUUACAGCACUACCAGACCACCAAGCAGAACCUUCGGUGUCCCCAUUCCCAGGUCAUGCCAGCGUCAAGCCAACAGCCUACGCAGGUGGCUGGAGCUAAGCCAGGAGGAGCCCAGGCCCGAGGACUGGGAUCUAGAACAGCGGGUAAAAAAAGAACUGGAGGAGGUGGAACUACAGAUCCAGCAGCUGUCUGAGGAGCUCCAGGCCCAGCGUCAGCCCAUUGGUACAUGCAUUGCUCGUGUUCAGGCCCUGAAACAGGCUCUGUUCUAGUGGGCUUGCCCCUGGGGGACAGGUGCUAUCCUUCACAAGGUCACAGACACCUCCCCCAAUAACAAUACAAAGUUACAAUGG